CGUUGGGUGACCAUGACGUCAGAGUGACGUCACCGCCCAGCUGUUCUGCAACAACAAUCCUUUGUUGGUGGUGGUGAAGGUUGCUCUCCUGCCGCCUCUCUUGCAACCCCUCUUGCAACCUCUGCAUGACUCGUGAGGUAAUGUGGUGAUGCAACCUAGUUGGCUGGAUGGACAACUCCCAGUUUUCGUCUUCCCCCAGUCGCUUACUUUUUACGUUGCUGAUCAGAGUACUCACAAGCAAAUUGUAACUUUAUGCAACCCUUAUGAAUUUCAUAUCUCCUACUCAGUACUGUGCAAUAACCCAUCAUGUUUCACUGUGGAUAGUCCAAAAGGUGUUGUUCGUGCAAAAUGUUCUCUGGAUAUCAUUAUAACAAGAAUAAAUCUAUCAUUAAGUGAUGCAAGUGAAAGAGAUAGAUUUCGGAUCUUAAUUUCUGAAGAUGGAAAGAGAAAGACCAAAUAUUUAUCAGGGAACACUGGGCCAAGCCUGCUGUUAGUCGCUGCUGCUGUGAUUUGCCUUGCAGGAUUACUUGUGCCCACCGAGGGUGAUCGCACUCCAUCAAUAAUUCCAUCCUACAUGCAUCUAAAUCCCAACAUCAAAAUUGUCGUUGCAUAUGUCCUGGGACUUCUUACAUAUGCUAUUUUAAGAACUGGUUAAACUGGCACAAAUUAAACAAGAAGAUAAGAUUCUAGCUAGUUUGUGGUGACUGUACAAUGAUGCCAUACUUGAUGCCUUUGAAUAAGAGUCUUAAGAUAAAAAUUACUAAAUAGGCCUAUGUGAUAGUUAUCUUGGUAUAAUGUAAUUUGUUUCAAUAUUAUGUUGAAAAACUAGCUUCUUAGCAUUGUUAAAUAUGUAUUGAGAUGAGAUAAGAUCUAAAGAUGUAAACGACAAGCAGAUUUUGUGUUCUUCAGGUAUUGUAAUAUGAGGGAUUAUGGAAGCUCUGUUUUUUACUCUUACAUUAUUGUGUAUAAAUAAGAAUGCUUAUUUUGCUCAGAUUUUAUACAAGUGUUCGGUAUAAUGUGCAGAAUUUUUUUACAAGUUUAUGUUGCUGUUAUUACCUCACCAUACUUUGUUUUACAAUAGGUGAUACUGUACUCAGUUUUGUAUUAGAUGACAUAAUAAUGUAUGCAAUAGGAUUUAGGAGUAUAUAAACAGAAAAGUAAAUGGAGAAAAGUGUUUGUAUCCCAAAAGAUUCCAAUGUUGAGUUACUGUCUUCCAUUUCUCCCAUGAGACAUUAUCUCAACACUGAAGAUACUCACUUUUAUAGCAACACUCAACACGAAGAGAAUUUCCUGGCAAACACAGCCUACCAACUUUAACACUAUCAGUGUAUAAGGUAUUUAAAAAUGAUUUUAAAGACAGUUACUGACUUUCUUGAGUACAUAGUUAAGCAUUCAUCUUUCACUAUGCUUAUAACUGAAUAUGCAAAUUUCAGAAGUAAUAUUAUGCAAAUAAUGGAACUGACUUUUUCAGUAUGUAGACUAAUGCUAAACAAAGUCAGUCUGCUGUCUGUAAGAUUUAUUAAUGAUUAAAUUAGAAAAUAUUGUAAAAAUAUAAAAUGAAAAUAUAUAUAUGUAAUAAUUCUUUUAUUAAUUUUUUAUGGCAUGCAGUUAGUGUUAAUAAAAAUGCACAAUAUUUAUAUAUAUAUAACAA